AGUUUGAACGAGCAAAAACAAAGCUUUUUUUGAGUGUAUGUCACAUCUUAUUGUAAUGUCAAAGACAACUUUUUAUUUUUAUUCUUAAGCCCUAAAAUAGUUUAGUUAGCUUUGUCAUUGUUGCUUUUAGCAAUUACUGAAAGACGCAAUACCAGUGUACCCAACAUUUGUUUCAAUAUUAACAAAAGCAUAACCUACAAGUAUUCAACACAUGGGUUAAUGCAUCACUUGUACAAUGUUAACAUUAAACACAUCUAAUCUAUGCUUUUUAAGGUUGUUUGCCUUUCUUAAAAGCCACUAAAACUGUUUUAGCUGGUCAAUAGUGAUUGCAAUAUGGAAAAGUGAAAGAUUAACUUCAGCGAUUGCCAACAAUAAAACAUUUCCCCCUAAUAAAAGCAUAUGAAUAAAAGCAUGACCUAUAACUAUUCACACUGCUCAUUGCUGUCACGUGAGCUAACCUUUGUCUUUCUGAGGUAGCCUUUUUUUUUUUAUCAUCAGCACUGACUUCAAGAUUCAAUAUGAAAUAAUUAAAAAGAGUAACUUGAGAUGUCUAACAAUGAAACGGUCCCACCCACAUUACACAGUGUUCAACUUGCAGUGCUAUCAUAACUCAGACAAAUGAUUUUAUUUUACUUGACGCACAUGCAUUAAUCUCAAAAGGGUUUUUUUUUUAAUGCAAAGCAGAGCGUGCACACACCCCAUCCCAUGAUGAAUGCCGUAAUCAGGCUGCGACUACAAAAAAACAUUGGGAUACUUGGAAAUUAGGCCCCUCUUUCCUGUCGCAGGUCAGCCGUGCCUCCCUCCUUCCCUCCCUCAGUGUGUCGUACGUGAAACAUCACGCUCCAAACACUGCUCGUUGAAACAGUGCUAAUUAAAAUCACCUGGGAAGAACUGCAUGGGGCUAACAAAGGGCCGGGCUUCACGUUACAGAGCAAAGUGUGUACGCGUGUGUGUGAAAAUUUUUACUACUGCUAUCGCGGCCUCUUUGAAGAGCCACGGCGUUGAGUGAUGAAGCGGCAUGAUGCACACCUGCACUUCACCUGCACAGCUGCCGGAGUGAAACUGAGGUGCUCCUGCAACCAACACCAGGGGAAAAAAAAAAAUCUCAUAGCUAAUCACUGCCAUAAUGGGAGCUGUAAUACUAUACACCUUGUAUUUAAAGAAAAAAAAAAAAGACAAAGAUCACCUACCCUAUUGAUUUAGUCCCACAUCCCUUGAAGCCACUGAAAGUGCACUGGCAGUAGAUGUGGCUGAGGCUUAAGAGGAGAGCUGUCCAUUAACACUCCAAUACAUCAGCCUUCCUGUCCUGACACUCACUGCUCCUGCAUGCGAGCAGCUCUAAAGCUAGGAAGAAUUCACCCCGGAUUAUGGGAAUGGAGCAAGCAACCACGUAAAAACUACACAGAAGCGACAGCUGCAGAGGCGAGUGGAGGAAUCCCAGGCGAGUUUCUUAUGUGGAGAUCUGGAUGUAAGGAGUCUGAUGACAAGAUACUGAGUUUGAUUGUGUAUUUUACAGAGCAAGCCACAGCCAAGGUUGGGCGCAAUAGGAACAAAACAGAAGAAGAAGCAGGGAUCACUUCCUGCAAAUCCCUUAAGGACUGCUGCAAAACACUGGUGGACCGUCGUAGGAAGCGUCAAGCUGCUCGUCUGGCACAUGUUCAAAGCUACUUUGCUCAGAAAGCAACAGAAACCCAGAUGGGAUGUAAUUCCAUCACAGAUGAAAGUUCAACCUCCAUCCCAAGGCUGAGUAUACAAAGCAGAACCGACAACCAACAGGGAUUCGGCAUGGACACACCACCAAUACUAAUGUACCACCAGAUUCCUUUGCUUUCUCUAGACUGGGGGAGUACCUCAACAACACCUCCCCAAGUGAACCCCCCAAACACAGAGAGCCAGCAAGUUGAAGAUCACCAAGCUGAGUUGAGUUUUGAUGCCUUUCUGAAGGGCUCUGAUACGGCAAUCCCUCACAGUGAUAUGCAGGAUCAGGCAUGUGCUUCUCCAGAGUCACUUGACCAUUCUGAAGUUUCAGCUUCAAGGGACAGAGUCCGAGGAUUGGAGGACAGAAAAGCUGGGAAAAAUUACAGUCAAGAGUCUGCUGAGAGGACAACAAUAAAUAUCAUCCAAUCUGAUGCCACACAACAAGGAAAGGAUCUGAUCACAAGUCUGUCUAGUGAUCAAGUUGUGAAUGACCAGUUAGUAAAAGAACCAAUGGUCACUACUAUACCAUGCUCUGUUUUAGAUUUAAGGGACCAAAUUGUAGUCCCAAUGGAAGAUAGAGGAGCGGAGAAAGAUUAUAGUCAAGGGACUGAUGACAGAGGAGCAAUAGAAACCAUAAAAUCUGACCCCACAGUGCAAGUAAAAGAUCUGAGUAUGAGUCUCUCUAGUGAUCAAGUUGUGGAUUAUCAGUUAGCAAAAGAACCAAGCAUCACUACCGUACCCUGCUCUGUUUUACCUUCAAGGGACCAAAUUGUAGUCCCAAUGGAGGAUAGAGAAGCUGAAAAAGGCUACAUUCAAGGGUCUGCUGACAGGAGACCAAUAGAAACCAUAAAAUCUGAUCCCACAGAGCAAGGAAAGAAUCUGAGCACAGGUCUUUCGAGUGAUCAAGUUGUUGAGGAUUACCAGUUAGCGAAAGAACCAAGUGUCACUGCCAUACCCUGCUCUGUUUUAGCUUCAAGGGACAAAAAUCUGAUCCCAACAGAGGAUAGAGGAGCUAAAAAAGAUAAUAGUCAAUGGUCUGAUGACAAGAGAGCAAUAGAAAGAAUAAAAUCUGAUCCCAUAGACCAAAGAAAGGAUCUGAGCUUGAGUCUUUCGAGUUAUGAAGUUGUGGAUCACCAGUUAGUAAAAGAACCAAGCGUCACUAUCGUACCAUGCUCAGUUUUAGCUUCAAGGGAACAAAUUGAAGUCCCAAUGGAGGAUAGAGAAGCUGAGAAAAAAUGUAGUCAAUGGUCUGCUGACAGGGGAGCAAUAGAAAUCAUAACAUCUGUUCCUACAGAGCAAGGGAAGCAACCGAGCACAAGUCUUUCAAGUGAUCAAGUUGUCGAGGAUUCUCAGUUAGUAAAAGAACCAAGCGUCACUGCCAUACCCUGCUCUUUUUUAGCUUCAAGGGACAAAAAUGUUGUCCCAAUAGAGGAUGGAGGAGCUGAAAAAGGCUACAUUCAAGGGUCUGGUGACAGGAGAGCAAUAGAAAUCAUAAAAACUGAUCCCACAGAGCAAGGAAACAAUUUGAUCACGAGUCUUUCUAGUGAUCAGAUUAUGAAUUACCAGUUAGGUGAAGAACCAAGCGCCACUACCGUACCAUGCUCGGUUUUAGCUUCAGGGGACCAAAUUGAAGUCCCAGUGGAGGAUAGAGAAAAUGAGAAAAAUGAUAGUCAGUGGUCAAUAGAAAUCAUAAAAUCUGAUCCCACAGAGCAAGGAAAGGAUCGUAGCACAAGUCUUUCGAGUGAUCAAGUUGUUGUGGAUUGCCAGUUAGUAAAAGAACCCAGUGUCACUGCCAUACCCUGCUCUUUUUUAGCUUUAAGAGACAAAAAUGUUGUCCCAAUAGAGGAUAGAGGAGCUGAAAAAGGCUACAUUCAAGGGUCUGGUGACAGGAGAGCAAUAGAAAUCAUAAAACCUGAUCUCACAGAGCAAGGAAACGAUUUGAUCACGAGUCUUUCUAGUGAUCAGAUUAUGAAUUACCAGUUAGGUGAAGAACCAAGCGCCACUACCGUACCAUGCUCGGUUUUAGCUUCAGGGAACCAAAUUGAAGUCCCAAUGGAGGAUAGAGAAAAUGAGAAAAAUGAUAGUCAGUGGUCAAUAGAAAUCAUAAAAUCUGAUCCCACAGAGCAAGGAAAGGAUUUGAGCACAAGUCUUACAAGAGAUCAAGAUGUGGAUUACCGGUUAGUAAAAGAACCAAGGGUCACUACCGUACCGUGCUUUGCUUUAGCUUCAAGGGACCAAAUCGAAGUCCCAGUGGAGGAACUAGAAGCUGUGAAAAAUGAUAGUAAAUGGUCUGCUGACAGGAAGGCAAUAGAAGUCAUAAAAUCUGAACCCACAGAGCAGGGAAAGGAUCUGAGCACAGGUCUUUCUAGUGAUCGAGUUGUAGAUUACCAGUUAGUUAAAGAACCAAGGGUCACUAUAGUACCGUACUCUGUUCUGGGAUCAGAGCCAGACAGGCUGGAAAGAGAGUUAGAGGCAUCUUGUGACUGCCAAACGCCACAUCAUGAGCUCACAAGUGGAUUUUUGAGUCAAGACACGACCAAGGCGAGCCCAGGGGAUGAAACUGGAAUCGCACAUGACACAGAGACUCAGAAUUCAGAAGCGGGAGAUGGAAUCUCACCUGAAGAAUGCACGGGCAGCUCCGACACCUCAAAGGUUAAAGAAAACACACACAGGGCGGUCAAAGACAUCCUGACAUUUACGGGGAUCAGAGACGUGCCACUCACAAAUAGACAGGCCGAGGGAUCUUCUCCAAAGAGGAAGGUUAUAAAUAUAGACGAUAGCGAGGAGCAGGUGGAAAUGAGGUGGUUUUAUACAGAACUACAUGAAGAGGACGCGGAAAGCAGUAGAAAAGGACAAGAUGAAACAGCUAUGGAUCACAGUGCAGAAAUACAGAGUGUUUCAUCGUGCGCGAGCGAGGCGUUUAAUGAGAACGAAUUAUGCACGUUGAACAAGAAUCUUCACAAAGACAAUUCAGAGCUACAGAAAAGCGAAGAGAGGCGGUUUGAGGCAAAUGAAGGACUUAAAAUAAAGGAGCGACUCAACGAGACGACUAUUGAAGCAGCUAAAGGAGGUGAAGAGGAUGAAAUGUGUUCAGAAAGCAAACGAGAGCUCAUUGAGGACUGCCGAGCCAUCGGUGAUAAUUGCACAGAUGAAGACCUUACCAGCAAAGUUACAUAUCUGACAGAUAGCACUGACCUUCCCAAACACAUCCCUCAGACAACAUCUAUAAAGGACAGAGAGGUCAAUUCUCAAGAUGAAGAGUUUGAGCUUGGGAAAAGCCUCAAUGGUAGUAGCAACAGGCUGUUUUCAUGGUGGCAGGAGUUCAACUCACUGGGUCACAUGGCCAAGGCUUUACUGUAUGCUAUUCUGUUUGUGAUCUUCAUAACAACAUAUCUGUGUGACAUGCCAACCUGCUUGGCUCUCUAUUUGUUUUCUCUGUGCUGGUGGUGCAGCCAGGGCAUGAAACAGCGUCUGGAUGGGGCGUCUGUUGAUGUGGACUGAGACAAUAUACUGUAGGAUGUUUUUAAAAAAAAAACUUUUUUCACAAAUAUGAUGUAUGGUUUUAAAAUGUAAAGUGGCAUGACGUGAUUCUAUGGGCCCAAAAUAACUUGGAAAAUAGAUUUAAGAGGCAUUUCUGUUUUUGUUGCUUUCACUUGUAUUCUCAUUAAAAGUCCUAUUUGAUCCC